CUCUCUCUCUCUCUCUCUCUCACUCUCUCUCUAUAACAUAUUUUUCCACAAAAUUUCUCUUAAGUCUCUUCUCUUAGCUCCACAUUUCUCUCUCGCUUAAGUUUGCUUUUUCCAACAAUUAAUUUUAAGUUGAGAUCGUCAAUUUUGAUCCUUGAAAGUUGUGCUUCCUUAAUUUGUGUAAGUAGUUUGGUUCAAGUUGUAAGAGAGCAUAUGGAGUUGAUAAGUAUUUGCAAUUGAACCUGAUAACUGAAUGGAUAAAAAGCAGCAUAUAGCCAUUUUUACUACCGCCAGCCUUCCAUGGAUGACUGGAACUGCUGUCAACCCUCUGUUUCGUGCAGCUUAUCUUUCAAAAGACGGGGAGAGAAAGGUCACCUUGGUGAUUCCGUGGUUAUCUUUGAAAGAGCAAGUACUAGUAUAUCCCAGCAACAUCACAUUCAGAUCACCUUCAGAGCAGGAAAAAUAUGUUCGUCAGUGGCUUGAGGAGAGGGCUGGAUUUGCAUCUUGUUUCAGCAUACGUUUUUAUCCUGGAAGGUUUUCUACAGAUAAAAGGAGCAUUCUUGCUGUUGGAGAUAUUUCAGAAAUCAUCCCUGAUGAAGAGGCAGAUAUUGCUGUUCUUGAGGAGCCUGAGCAUCUUACAUGGUUUCAUCAUGGGAAGAGAUGGAAGGUCAAAUUCCGCCUGGUUGUAGGAAUUAUUCAUACCAAUUAUAUGGAAUAUGUGAAGAGAGAGAAGAGUGGGAUGCAAGCAUCUCUUCUUAAAUACGCAAAUACCUGGGUUGUUAAUAUCUAUUGCCACAUGGUAAUCAGAUUAUCUGCUGCCACGCAGGAGUAUCCCAAAUCAAUAAUUUGCAAUGUUCACGGAGUCAAUCCCAAGUUCCUUGAGAUAGGCAAGAAAAAGAUAGCGCAACAACAAAAUGGGAAGCAAACCUUCACCAAAGGUGCCUACUACAUUGGGAAGAUGGUAUGGAGCAAAGGCUACAAGGAGCUACUAAAACUUCUUCGUGAUCACCAGAAGGAACUAGCUGGGCUUGAGGUUGAUUUAUAUGGAAGUGGUGAGGACUCAGAUCAGGUCCAGGAAGCUGCUAAGAAGUUGGAACUAGCUGUCAGAGUUCAACCUGGGCGUGAUCAUUCUGAUCCUCUAUUCCAUGAUUAUAAAGUCUUUCUGAAUCCAAGCACCACAGAUGUAGUCUGUACCACCACAGCUGAAGCACUGGCAAUGGGAAAAAUUGUUGUAUGUGCCAAUCAUCCCUCAAAUGAAUUCUUCAAGCAGUUCCCCAAUUGCUGGACCUAUGAUAGCAGCAAUGGCUUUGUUGAAGCCACACGAAGGGCAUUAGCUGAAGAGCCUGAACAGCUGACAGAUGCUCAUAGGCAUGAAUUAUCAUGGGAGUCAGCUACAGAACGGUUUCUGAAGGUUGCUGAGCUGGACCAGGUACCUACAAGGAAACUGUCAACAAGUCCUUCAAAGAACUUUAUGUCCACAUCUUUCAAUAUGAAGAGGAACAUGGAGGAUGCAUCAGCAUAUAUGCAUCAUGUGAUUUCUGGGUUUGAAGCAUCUCGAAGAAUGUUUGGUGCAAUUCCAGGGAGCUUGCAACCAAAUGAAGAACAAUGCGAAGAGCUAGGGUUGGCUGUUCGUGCAGGAAAGCAUGGCUCAAGAAAAUGAUAUGCUUUGGCUUCUUCUAUGAUAAAGGCUAGGGAUUGUUUAUCGUAAUUCUCAGUCUGUGCAUAAAUUGGAUACGGGUCUAAAGCAUCUUGUUCUUCUAUGUUUUCUUUUUGCCUAAAAUUGAGGAUCACAUACGAAGCAUCUUCCCACCGUGUUGCGCAUGAAUCGAAUAAGAUUGCUGCUAAAGUUCGUCUUUCUGUGCCAAAACAAAGGGAGAGAGGAGGAGGGAGGGGGGGAGGUUGUUACUUUUUUUAAAAAAAUUUCUGUAUAAUAUGCAUCGUCAUCUAGGACUACUUUGUUAUUUGUGAUAAGUUAUCUUUUUCUCAAAUGUUUGUACUGACUGUAACAUAAAACUCGGAAGACAAAGGACAUUGCUAAUGGUAUAAAUUAAUAAUGAUCUAAGAAUGGAAGAAAAUAAUACAUGUGGUCUACCCUAA